GAGAGAGCUUGUGGGACACGAUUGCGAGUGCCGCUUUCUCCAACCCGACUUCCGCUACGGGAGAGUGUGAUUGGCUGACCUUGCAUCGGCGAAUGGGGCAUGUGGCAUUGCCCAUUUUGCAGCAGAUAGUUAAGCAAGAGAUGGUCAGUGGGAUACAUGUCAAGGGGGAGCCCAAUGAGGUGCUUGGCUGUCCAACAUGCAUGCAAGCCAAGUUCACCCGCUACCCGUUCCAUAGCUCGGAGACAACGGCGAAGGCACCACUUGAUGAGGUGGUGAUGGAUGUGGUGGGCCCCUUGAAGCUUGGAGCUGCUGGAGCUGCGUACUUCCUCACCAUUGUGGACGUCUACACUCGCAUGACUUGGGUGUAUGUGCUGCCGAAGAAGAGUGACGUAGCUGAAACGGUGAAGACCGAUUGGUUGCCGAUGGUGGAGCGGCAACAAGACCGACUUGUGAAGGCGAUUCGCACUGACCGUGGGGGAGAGUUCCUGAGCAAGGAUUUCUCAACUUGGCUGAAGAAGCAGGGCAUAAGGCACUCUCUUACCAUGCCCUACUCUCCUGCAAUGAACGGCAUCGCCGAGCGUGCGAAUCGGACACUCACGGAGACGGCUCGGGGACUUCUCAUUGAAGCCGGUCUUCCCAAUUACUUUUGGCCGGAUGCGGUGCGGCAUGCUUGUGUGGCCAAGAACAGAGCCUUGACUCAUGUGGGAGAAGACAAAUGGGUGCCCUAUGUGGAGUGGAUUGGAAGGAAGCCGAAGGUGGAUAUGCUUCGGGUGUUCGGGUGCAUGUGCAUGGCACUUGUGCCUAAGAAACUUCGGCACAACAAACUUGAUGCCAAGGCAACAUGGGCCGUGCACCUGGGCAUGGCUCAAAACAGCAAGGGAUGGCUUCUUUGGGACCCAUUUACCAAGAAGUUCUUGGUGAGCAGAGAUUGCAAGUUCAUGGAGAACUUACCGUACAAGGAGUGGAAGGCGGAGAACCAAGUGAAGAUUGGUAUGCGGCUUGGAGAGGUGAAGAGUAACGGCUUGGAGCAUGUGGAGCUGCCCUUGGAGCUGAGUAGCAGCAGCACAGUCACGAGGCAAUCUCCUCAAAUGAAUGGGGAUGAAGAGGAGGAGGAGGUGCAGCAAGGUGAUGAGCGUGCACCGUCACUUCCGCCUCGUGCUACAAGUGCUCGUGGGAACCGACCAGAUUUACCGCAACGCCAUGAGAGCAUUCAAGUCCCUGCAGCAGAGGAGGAAGGAAGGGGGAGAAGGAGAACUCAGCCCCCUAAUAGGUUGAGCUAUGAUCGGCUUGGAAGACCAGCCAACUCAACCUUGACCGGUUCGGCUCUCAUGCUAGGCGAUGAUGCGGAAGAUGAAAGCGAGGAGUGCGCCUUUGCCUUCUUCUCUCCGGUGGAGAUGCCGGGGGAGCCUACAAAUCCCAAGGAGGCUUGGGAGGGCCCCAAUGGGAAGGAGUGGAAGAAGGCCUCAGAUGAAGAAAUGGGGAGCAUCAUCGAGAACGACACGUUUGACUUGGUGAACCUACCUCCGGGGCGUAAGGCGAUCUCUUCCAAGUGGCUCUUCAAGCGCAAGACCGACGCCGACGGCAACAUCGAGCGCUACAAGAGCAGACUUGUAGCGAAGGGGUAUCAGCAGCAAGAGAAGAAGGACUACAAUGAAGUGUAUGCUCCUGUGGUGAAGGGUACAACCCUUCGAACCCUCUUCGCCGCGGCGGCCAUCAAAGGAUGGGUGGUGAAGCAAAUGGAUAUCGUAACGGCCUUCCUCAACGGCGUUUUGGAGGAAGAAACCUACAUGGAGCAGCCAGAGGGGUACAAUGAUGGGAGUGGCAGAGUGUGGAAGCUGAAGAAAGCACUCUAUGGCCUCAAGCAAGCCCCUAGGCAAUGGUACAUCAAGCUGCGGGAAGUUUUGGAGGCGAUCGGCUUCACUCCCUCAACGGCCGAUCAAUCGUUGUUCAUGCUUGGCGAGGGGGAGCAGAGGAGCUUCAUGGUGGUUUAUGUGGAUGACAUCCUUAUAUUCUCACCCUCCUCUGACCUUGUGAAGGAGGUGAUGCUGAAGCUUCAAGACAAGUUCAAGUGCAAGACCCUUGGUGACGUCAACUACUACCUUGGGCUUCACAUUGAGCGAGAUGUGGAGAAGCGGUGGAUGCGAGUGCAUCAAAAGAAGUACUUGGAGGCCUUGGCUGCAAACUUUGGGAAGAGUGAAGGUCAUGUGGCUACUCCUCUUCCCUCAGGGUUCAAGUGUGUGAAAGGACCAGCGGAGGAAAGUGUUGGUGAAGAGGAGAGGCGCCGUUUUCACUCCUUGGUGGGCAGCCUCAUGUAUGCGGCCGUUCACACAAGGCCGGAUGCAGCCUUUGCUACCGGGCAGCUGGCUAGGGUUGUCCAAUGCCCUAAUGAAGAGCAGGUAGCAGCUGGAGAGAGAGUGGCCAAGUACCUUGGCCAAACAGCAACUGUUGGACUGCAAUACUCCGCGGCGGCACAAAGGCGUCAAAAGGGUGCGGAUGGAGUCGAACCCGGGAGGCUCUUUCUCACCGCCUUCUCUGAUGCAUCUUGGGCAUCAGAACCAGAGGACAUGACAAGUGUGGGAGGCUUCAUCUGCUGUGUUGGUGGAGGGCCAACAGCUUGGGAGAGCAAGAAGCAAGUGGACCAAGCAUUGAGCUCGGUGGAGUCCGAGUACAUGGCACUCUUCCGUGCCAUAAGAGAGGUUGUGUGGCAGCGGCGUUUGCUAGCUGAAUUGGGGGAGGAGCAGCAAGGACCUACCCCACUCUACUGUGAUAGCCAGGGUGCUAUUGCAUUGGCUAAGAACCCCGUUCUUCAUGGCCUUACCAAGCACAUGAAGGUGAAGUGGCAUUGGGUGAGGAGCAUGGUAACCGCGGGUGAAGUGGAGUUGCACUACGUGAAGACGACGGCGCAGCCAGCUGAUAUGAUGACCAAGAGGCUGGUUGAGCAGCAGCAUUGGAAGUGUUGCAAGCUUGCUGGGAUGGCUCUGAACUAAGGGGAGCAGAUUCUAAGGCCAACAAUCCGAGGGGGAGUUUGUUGGUGCAACCCUAUGGCUUGCACUCGGCUUGUCGUCCUUGUUUGUGUGUGUGCAUGCAUGGCAUGGAAUGAAUUGUGAGUCUAUGUCAUUGCUAUCCAGUGCUUGUGUGUGUGUUUGAAUGGUGUAUCACAAUGUGGUUUGUGUCGGUCAAGACAUUAGCGAGUUUUUACAACUCGCAUGUCAAGUCGUCGUUUGUGUGUCGCAUGUGUUUUUUCUAUUUUGUCGAGUGUGAAGUGUCGAUCGUGUCGCAGGUGUGUGCAGCAAGCCCCCAUCAACUCAAGAAGAAUUUAUCUUGCAGAUCCAGGAACAAGAGCUCAAGAUUUCAAGCCCAAGGGACGCGGAUAAAUAUUAAAUAGUGAAAAUAGUAACGUUACUUCGUGUAGUGUUACAUUUCACUUGGUGUAGC